AUGGAUAUAAUUGGACUUUGUUUCCCAUUGAUCAAAAUAAUUAUAAAACUUUCAAAAGAAGCUUAUAAAUCAGCUGAAGAUGCACGUUAUACCAAGAAAACAUGUUUAUUAUUAUCCGAUAGAUUAGAAGCGGGAUCACACGCUUUGUCUGAUUUAUAUAGACACAGAGAAGAAAAAGAUAAAAAAGGAAAAUUUAAAAGUAGUAAUUUUUAUGACAAUCUUCAAAGUUAUGUAAAUGCGGCAACUGAAAUCAAAAAAUUUAUUGAUGAGAUUUCCAAAUCGAAUGAAACAGUGAAAGCUCAUUCUCAUAAAGUGAAAGUUAAACAACUUGUAAAAAGGUACGAUGAUGCCUUUGCUGAUUUAAAAUUGGGAAUAAGUAUUGAUAAAUUUAAAAAAAUUGGUGACUUGGAAAUUAUAAUGGAAACUGAAUUUAAGGAAAUUUUAGAAACAAUAAAGGCCAGCUUGAAUAAUCAAUCAAGUGUUAUGAAAUUAACGAUAGACACACUUGCAUCAAUGAAUAGUAAUAAUAAUAAGCAGCAACAUGACAUUAAAGCAAUUCCUCCUGGAGAUUUAAAAGAUCCAGAACCAAAAGAAGUAGUAAAACGUGUAAAAAUUAUUAAAAAAUUAUUGAAUGGGAUUGAACCAAUUAUGGACAAUAUCGGAGAAGCAAAAAUUGCGAAUUUUUUUCUAAGUAAAGAAAAUCAUAAAUAUCAUAGGCAACGUAUUAAAAAUAUAUAUGAUGAGGUUAUACCUUGGAUUUCACCCGAGAAACUUGAAAAUAUUGGUGGAGUCAAUGACUUAAAAUGUGAAAUAUUCAGAAUUUCUCAACAUAUCAAAAAUGGUAAAAGGGAAGAUACAUCAAAUUUUAAUCCCUUGGACGAUAUUCAAAAAUGUUUCAAAAACAUAAUAGUAAAAGCUUGGAAUCAAGAACCUUCAUUACGUCGAAGCAUGCCUUUUUUCCUUAAUCAGUUAACUUGUUUAUACAGAAACCAUUAUUCACCAAAUAAGGUUGGCAAUCCUUUGAAGGCUGCUGAAUUUUUGAAAUAUUUGGAAAAAGCUGCUUUCCAUGAAAAUCAAGUUGCUUUAUAUAAUUUGGGAGAUAUCUAUUAUGAAGGUAAAUUAGGUUUUCCAAAAAAUCAAAAACAGGCAAUAAUAAAUUAUAAAAAAGCUGCUUUGAAAGGUCAUGACAAAUCAAUCAAUAAACUUAAAAGUUUGAAAAUAAAUGUUUAUGAUGAUUAA